AAAUUAAUGUUGAUAAAAUUCUCACUGUAAUUUAUCAUAAGAGCGUGAAGAGAUCAUCGACAUGUACAUGUAUGUCUGGCUGUUGUUCUGGCAGAAAAUUUUGAGCAUCCGGAUAUAUAAAUCAUUUUGUGCUUGAGCAAACUUGUUUAGAACCUUGUGUAAUACUCUUCCAGGUGAUGCAGUGAUGAAGGGACUCAUCUGCCUGGGUUUUUUCUAGAUGGAGAUUGGUGUAUGCUGGGCAUCUGUUUUGAUGGAAUUCUAUUAUAGAUAUGAAUAAGUAUUCCAUCUUCCUGUCAGCUCAUCGUUGUCAGGUCUUCUCAUUUCAUUUACACUUCGGUUCUGCAAAAAGCAGCUGCUCGUUCAUCUUUUAUGUUAAUAGAUUUUUUAUCCGAAAGUUGUCUGCUUUUCGCUCCAGUACUGCAAGACCAUUCCCUGACUAUUGUCCAAAGAAACCUUCUAUUAAAGACAGCAAGCUCAUUCAUCAAAUCUCCAUGACUCUUAAGCAGCGCCGAUCUGAACAGCUUCGCCGUACUCUGAGACCCUUUGAAUCCAAAUUCAGGCCUGAUCAUCUCAUUUGGGUUCUCAUGAAUGUAAAGAAUGAUUAUAGAUUAGUUUUGGACUUCUUUGAUUGGUCUUGCUUGCGGAGAGACCCAUCAUUGGAAGCUCGUUGCAUUGUUAUUCAGAUUGCUGUUGCUGCAAAAGAUUCUGCAAUGGCUCACAGACUUAUGCAUGAUUAUUGGACAAACCCCAAUCUAGAUGUUGAUCUCUCUUUUCUACAAUUCCUUGAAAAAUUAAUAUACACAUAUAAGGAUUGGGGUUCUAGUCCUCAUGUUUUUGAUAUUUUUUUUCAAGUGCUUGUUGAAGUUGGGAUUUUGGACAAUGCAAGAAAGCUUUUUGAUAAAAUGUUAUAUUAUGGGUUGAUUUUAUCUGUUGAUUCAUGUAAUUUGUAUCUAUCCCAUCUGUCGAAUAGUAAUCACGGGAUACAAAAGGUACUAAGGACUUAUGGUGAAUUAUCUGGACUGGGUGUUUGCUGGAACACUGCUUCAUAUAAUAUGGUGAUCCAUUGUCUCUGUCAAUUAAAUAAAGUGAAAGAAGCUCACGGUUUACUUUUGCAAAUGGAGUUUAGGGGUUGUAUACCUGAUGUUAUAAGCUAUAGUACUGUAAUUGAUGGCUAUUCUAAAGCUGGGGAACUUAAAAUUGUUUUAAAGAUUAUUGAAGCAAUGCAGGUAAAAGGGUUGAAGCCAAAUGUGUUCACCUUCAAUAGCAUCAUCCUAAUUCUGUGUAAGGCUGGUAAAGUACUGGAUGCUGAGAGAAUAUUGAGGGAGAUGAUUUCCCAGGGGGUUGCUCCAGAUAAUGUAGUUUAUGCUACUCUUAUUGAUGGUUUCUGUAAAGCUGGAAAUAUUUCUGCUGCAUAUAGAUUGUUUGAUGAAAUGCAAAUUCAGAAACUUAUUCCUGAUUAUGUGGUAUAUACAUCUCUCAUCUAUGGUCUUUGUCAGAGUGGAAAAGUUGUUGAAGCCAAUAAGCUCUUCCAGGAAAUGCUUAGAAGAGGAUUGGAAGCAGAUGAGGUCACUUAUACAACACUUAUUGAUGGAUAUUGCAAAGCUGGUGAAAUUAAAUUUGCAUUUUCUCUACACAACCAAAUGGUGCAACAGGGACUGAUACCAAACGUUGUUACUUAUACUGCACUUGCUGAUGGGCUUUGUAAACAAGGUGAAUUAGAUGCAGCAAAUGAGCUGCUUCAUGAGAUGCGUCAAAAAGGUCUGGAACUGAAUAUUGUCACCUAUAACUCACUGGUCAAUGGUUUUUGUAAAUCUGGAAAUAUAGUGCAAGCAGUUAGUUUAAUGCAAGAUAUGGAGGUCUCUGGAAUUCGGCCUGAUACAUAUACUUACACCACAUUGAUGGAUGCAUACUGUAAAUCUGGAGAGUUGAUCAGGGCUCAUGAGCUUCUGCAUGAGAUGUUGAGUAAAGGACUUCAACCAACUGUUGUUACAUUUAAUGUACUGAUAAAUGGAUUUUGUAUGUCUGGGUUGCUAGAAGAUGGUGAAAAGUUGCUACAGUGGAUGUUAGAGAAAGGUGUAAUGCCAAAUGCAGCCACAUAUAAUUCUCUCAUGAAGCAAUACAGCAUUAGGAAAAAUAUGCGUGCAACGACUCACAUUUACCGGAGAAUGUGUGAUCAAGGAAUUGAGCCAGAUGGAAAUACCUAUAAUAUAUUAAUACGAGGGCAUUGCAAGGCAAGGAACAUGAAAGAGGCAUGGUUUGUGCAUCGACAAAUGGUUGAAAAGGGUCUUAGCCUUGCAGUUGAUGCAUAUAUAAGUCUCAUCAAAGGCUUUAUCAAGAAGAAGAAAUAUUUGGAAGCAAGACAACUUUUUGAAGACAUGAGAAUGGAAGGGCUGCAUGGAGAUCAAGAAUUAUAUGGCAUCUUUCUAGAUGUAAGGUACAAGGAAGGAGAUAUUAAUUCAACGCUUGAGCUUUGUGAUGAAUCAAUAGAACAUUGCCUUCUGAAUAAGAGCGGUGGUGGAGUUACAUGAUUUUAGUUGCAAUGCUGGAAACAUUCAUGAAGCUAAACUUUUGGCUGCCAUCUCAUGUCAUCCAAGAAAAUGCCUAUCCUCCAUAUGACGGGUUGGCCAAGAAUAGCGGCUGAAGGUUGGCGAUAUCUACUGGAAAUUGAGUAUGAAAUUUUACUCAACGUGUCCCUUAAAAGAAUCUGAUGCUUCCAAAUGCCUAUAAAGGCAGACAAUUUAAGAGACACAGGGAUCUAAAAUGUCAUUCAAAGGUCUUGACCACUGAAUUUUGGUUAAACCCUUUUUGCGGCUAAAGGAAGUUGGCGCAUGCAGAAGGAAGAGCUAGCAACUCUGCGGAUGGAAAUUCUGUCGCGCAAAGAUAUAUUUAUUUCUUUUCACACGUUGUAUGUUGCUGUCCUCAGUGUUAGAAGUUUAUGGCGCACAAGGCAGUCCUGUUCUUCGAGUACAUAGAGAGCUUGACUUGGACGCUCUUCGAGUUUUUGUACAACAGUUUUUUUUUUUUUUUGGUGGUUUCAACAUUUGUAGAUAGGAUUUUUUUUUUUGGGAGAAAAAUGGUCGGGCAAGAUCUCCUGCA